UAAACAUUUUGCUGAUGAGGAAAAACAGCACUGUAGCAUAAAGAUACAAACAGAAAAAAUAUGCAUCUUCAAACAAGGAAAAGUAGAAACAAUUAUGCUGCAGCUUUCUUCUUCCUCUUAGCUUUCAUGUUAAUAGCUAUUGCUUUUCUUCAAUCAUGCGACAACAGAUGCAUGACAUCAAAACUGCUGCUGCGACAAAACCAAGAAAAAAUUGAAGCUGCGAAAAUCUCCAAUUCAAGCAGGGAUUGUAACUUGUUUUCGGGCAACUGGGUUUUUGACAAUGUGUCGUACCCGCUCUACAAGGAGAGGGCGUGCUCGUUCAUGACAGACGAGCAUGCUUGUCUCAAGUUUGGAAGAAAAGAUGUUGGAUAUCAGAAAUGGAGAUGGCAGCCUCAUCAUUGUCAUCUUCCCAGAUUCAACGGUACGACGUUACUGGAGAGGAUAAGAGGGAAGAGGAUUGUGUUUGUGGGAGACUCGUUGAAUAGGAACCAAUGGGCGUCGCUCCUCUGCUUAAUUGAGCCUUCUCUCAAUCAGUCGUCACCGAAAUUGGUGAUCAAGAAAGGAAACUCCUUAAUAUUUGAGGCGAUUGAAUACGAGGCGACAAUCGAGUUCUAUUGGUCACCGUUUCUAGUGGAAUCCAACUGCGACGAUCCAUUUCACCACACGAAUCUUCAAAACCGUACGAUUAAGAUAAUGGCAAUCGAGAAGCAUGCUAGCCAAUGGCGCGAUGCGGAUUUCGUCGUCUUCGACUCUUAUGCGUGGUGGCUUGAUCCAAACAUCACACUCUUAUGGGAAUCUGUGGGGAGUUCUGACCCAAUCUACAAAAGAGUUUCACAGCUCCCAAGCUACGAAAUGGCCUUGAACAAAUGGUCCCAAUGGUUGGAAAUCAACAUUAAUCGAACCAAAACAAAGUUGUUCUUCAUGGGCCCCUCACCUCGUCACACAUCUAAGGACGAGAGAGGGGAUGUCGUGGCGAUGUGCCAUGACAAAAUCGAGCCGAUUUUGAAAGUGGGGGAGCAAGGAAUCGGAAUAGAUCGGGAUAUGAUGCAUGUAGCCAAUUCUGUUGUGAAAAAGAUGAAGACGAGAGGCAUAAACAUCGAAUAUCUAAAUAUAUCGCAUAUGUCGAAUUAUAGAUUGGAUGCUCAUCCCUCAAUAUAUAGGAAGUUUUUCCAUCCUUUGAGUAAAGGACGACUUGCGAAUCCUAAAAACUAUGCAGAUUGUCUCCAUUGGUGCCUUCCUGGAUUGCCAGAUGUUUGGAAUGAGAUCCUUUAUACUUAUAUCAUUAGAUCCUAGUAAACAUAUAUAUUUAUAUUUUUGAUGUUAUUAUUUCAUUUAUCCAAUUUCAUUUUUUACA